AAUCUGGGGGCCGUGGGGGUGCACAGCACAUAGUGCGUAAUAUAGAGAGGGAAACAUGACCGUGCACGACGUGUCCGGUCAAAACCCUAGAAAAUCAAAAUUACGACCUUCGCACAACAUAUUAUUAUAUCCUCAAUACUUGUUCUCUUUCUUCUCUCUGUUGCUUGGCGAUUCCAUUCUGAAGAUUUUCCUGUAACAAUCCAAGAUUUCAACUCCAAUGGCUGGGCAGAGGAAUAAUUAUGGAAAGCGUACUCAUUCUCAGUCUGACUAUGGUGAUAAUCGGGGAAAUAAAAGGAGAAAUUUUGGCGAUGACAGAGAUGUUUUUUCUAUCGGAUCAGAAGAUACUGUAUAUCGGUACCUGUGUCCUGGGAAUAAGAUUGGAAGUAUUAUUGGGAGGGGAGGGGAGAUUGUUAAGCAAUUAAGGGUAGACACUAAAUCAACAAUUAGGAUUGGUGAGACAGUGUCAGGAUGUGAUGAGCGUGUUAUCACUAUCCACAGCUCAAGUGCAGAGACAAAUGUUUCUGGUGACACUGACAAUCGUGUCUGUCCAGCCCAGGAUGCACUCUUCAGGGUGCAUGACAGAGUUGUUGCUGAUGACUUGGCUACUUAUGAUGAUUCGGAAGGAACCCCACAAGUUACUGUUCGGCUUCUUGUACCAUCUGAUCAGAUUGGAUGUAUUAUUGGGAAAGGUGGAUUGAUAGUUCAGAACAUACGUAGUGAAACUGGUGCCACAGUUCGCAUUUUGAAAAAUGACCAUUUACCUUCUUGUGCUUUGAGCUCUGAUGAACUCGUGCAGAUAUCUGGUGAAUCUCACGUCGUGAAGAAGGCUCUUUAUCAAAUUGCAUCUCGUCUUCAUGAUAAUCCAUCUCGGUCCCAGCAAAUGCUCGCUUAUGCUGUUCCCAAUGUGUAUCAUUCCAGUGGUUCACUAAUGGGUCCAAGUGGUGGUGCCCCAAUCAUGGGAUUAGCUCCAAUGGUGGGUCCUUAUGGAGGAUACAAAGGUGACAGUGGAGAUUGGUCACGCUCUUUUUACUCAUCUUCAAGGGAUGAGGCAUCUUCAAAGGAAUUUUGUUUUCGUUUGGUUUGUCCUACUUCAAAUAUUGGUGGUGUAAUUGGCAAGGGAGGUGCCAUAAUCAAUCAAAUUAGACAAGAGUCUGGAGCAAUGAUCAAAGUUGAUAGUUCGACUACUGAGGGAGAUGAUUGCAUAAUAUCUAUUUCAGCGAAAGAGUUCUUUGAAGACACAUUCUCUCCAACUAUUGAAGCAGCAGCGCGCUUGCUACCUAGGUGCAGUGAGAAAGUUGAAAGAGAUUCAGGUCUUAUUUCAUUCACAAUCCGCCUACUGGUGCCAACCACUCGGAUUGGCUGCCUUAUUGGGAAAGGAGGAGCUAUAAUUUCUGAGAUGAGGAGAAUCACUAAAGCUAAUAUUCGCAUUCUUUCAAAGGAAAAUCUUCCUAAAGUUGCAGCCGAAGAUGAUGAGAUGGUGCAGAUUUCUGGAGAACUUGAUGUUGCUAAGGAUGCUCUCACACAAGUAACUUCGCGGUUGAGGGCAAAUCUUUUUGAUAGGGAGGGUGCUGUAUCUGCACUUGUGCCAGUUCUUCCUUAUCUUCCCAUGCCAACAGAUGGUUCAGAUGGUUUGAAGUAUGAUAGUAGAGAUAGUAGAAGGCAUGGACGGGGUCAUUCUUAUUCUGGUGGAUAUGGCGGCACAAGUGAUUUGCCCCCUAUUGAUGGUUAUGGAAGUUAUGGUGGUUUGCAGAGUGGCAGUGGUUAUGGAUCUUAUGGCUAUUCUUCGGGACGUACUGGUAGCUCUGGGUUAUCUGGGCAGAACCCGGUUUCCCGGAGGAAAAAUUAUGGUUACUAAAAUUAAUGGCGACCUGCAGGUGUAGAGGUUAGUUUUGGAUACUGUUUCCUGAAUGAAAUUCCUCAAGGCACAAGAGUGAGUUUGACCUAAAAGCAUAAUCUUAUGGACUAUUCUGAUGUGUUCCACUCUAGUUACUAUUGGGAUCAUGGAGGCUCAUCUCAAGAUUUGUCGGGAAGUGUAGAAACUUGAAACUAAUCUGGUGGUAGGUUUCUUUUACAUUAUACAUUUCAGCCUGCUAGAAUUUCAUGCUAAAGUCGAUAUAAGUCUUGUUUGCAAUGGCAGGUUCUGUGGAUUUUGUUUUCCUUGGCACAUAAAACAGGUAACUUCUGUCACAGGUAAGUCUACCCAUGUGGGUGAAAGCACUAAAGCUUCGUUAAAUUUGUUUGCUUCUGUGUGUUAUUGUUAUCUAAGCUCUGCUAUCUUAUUAUCUGUUGUGUGUGUAAUUGAAGCAUCUUUCUUUGCAUCAUACUUGUAUUUGUUAAUUAUCUAUUUUAAGUUAUUGUGAGAAUGCUGUAACUUGAUUAUGGAUUCGGUAAUGAGAAUUGAAUUGUUUUUAAGUGCUUAUGUAUAAGAAUAAGAAUGCUGCUAGUUGCUUUCUUUCUGGAAUUAGUUUGAUGUUGUUGCAUGUAAAGAUGCCAGUUGUUUUUGACAGCAAUACGGUCUGCAUUUCCUUCUGUGCCAGGUGUAACCUUUUUAACUUCUUUAAUUUUUUUGGGGAUAGGGAUGCAAGGUGUAGCCAGCCAUACAAGCUAAUAUUUACUUUUGUUAAAAUUCGGAGUAGAUUAUAAAAAAUUAAGCAACAGUGGAUUGUUUUGAAGUGCGUAGAAGGAUUAAGAAUGAUGCUAGUUGCUUUCUUUCUGGAACUAGUAUGAUAUUAUUGCAUGUAAAGAUGCCAGUUGUUUUUGACAGCAUUAUGAUGGUCUGCAUUUCCUUUUGUGCGAGGUGUAGCCUUUUUAAUUUCUUAAUUUUUUUUGGGAUAGGGAUGCAAGGUGUAGCCAGCCACGUAAGCUAAUAUUUACUUCUGUUAAAAUUUGGAGUUGAUUAUAAAAAAUUAAGCAACAGGCAUUACUGUGUUAUGUAUUGUUGGCAUCAGAAGGUAAUAAUUCAAAUUUGAUUGCAUGUAAAAAUUGCCAGGUACUGAUAGGGAAUAAUAUUAGAUGAAGAAUCAGAAAGAUUUGUGUUGAUACAGACUCUAGAGUUGUUGGUAAUGCUGGAAUGUGGGGGAUAAAGUAGGCAUAAAUUAUACAUAGUCAUUUUGAUCUAUGAAGAUGACAUUGCUAUUUUAUUGAACAUGUCAAGUGUAGUGAAUACAGGAAAGAACAUCAGUGUUAUAAUCUAGUAAAAUAGUGUGAAUAUGUAUAUGGAUGGGGUGCACUUGAGAAUAUAAGAUGAAGAUAGGUUGGCUA